AUGGGACCUUUAGAACGAGGCCGUAGUCGAUAUCAGCAGAAAAACUAUACUGGAGCUCUCGACGCUUUUACUGAGGCUGUCCAAAUAACCACUGGAAAUCUUUUGCUCACUGCUCUUGAUCAUCGUGCUGCAACAUACGAGAAGAUGGCUCAGCUUCAAGCUGCACUUCGAGACUCCAAACAAAUGAUUGAAUUGAAGCCCGAACUUGCAAAAGGUUACCUUCGAUGUGGGAAAGUUCUGCAACUCAAAGGGGAGAAAGAACUUGCUUUAAAAAUCUACGAGAGGGGUCUCAGAAAAGUUAAAAUUGGCACUGAUAAUGAUCGCACUACCCUUCAAUCGGCGUUCAACAAGUUACGUCAAGCUCUAGACCCUGGCAAAAGCCUUGAUCCUCUUCAGUUCCUACCCUUCGAAUUGGCCGAGAUGGUAAUGCAGAACCUUGAGAUUCGAGAUCGAGUUUGCGCUGACUUUCUCAGUAUUUGUUUGGCUGUCUGCAAGUCAUGGAAACGCCUGCUGGAAUCUUCUUACAACCUUUGGACUAUUCUUGACACAACAUCUGCACGAAGACCGGUUACCCAAAACUCACUAAAGACGUAUCUUCGACGGUCAAACUAUACUCUCGAUAAAGCCAUUAUCAGCAUGAGAGCUAAAUUCGACGUGCCAAAAAUGGUAUAUUUAACCAGGACCUGCACGCAACUCGAGUAUCUCCAAAUUUGUGGCAGUGGCGUCAUUGGAGAAUCUCUGACCACGGCCCUUCACUUUGCACAAAAUUUGAGCACAAUAGUCAUCUCCGCGAACUGCGAAGUCAGUCUUUUCACAAUCCGCGAUAUUCUCAGAAUUUGCCAAAAGACAUUGGUGGAGGCGACGUUUCUCCGUGUCACGGGGCUGGACGUCAGUCACUGGCCGAAGCUCGACUCCCUGAGACGUCUGAACUUCCGAAUACGCAGUCACGUGGAGAUUGACAUAGUUCAGCUUCUGGAGUCCGCCCCAGAUAUUGAAUCUUUUACGCUUGACGGUGAGGUUUCGAUUGACGUUCAGGGACCACGACUCGAUUUAACCCGGUACAAGCAUCUAGAACAUCUACAGCUCAGCAACGGCGCCUGCCAGUUGGUGCCCAUUUUCCCUCCCACUCUCAAAUAUCUGGAUAUUAGCGGAAACUUGAGAUUAGGCGAACGCGGCAUUGGGGACGAUGAGCUCUUUGAAAUCCCACUACUGGAGAGUUUCAAUUGUGAAUCCACCUGUUUUACCGGAGCACUGAUCGAACGAAUUACGCGGCAAUCUAUCAAAUCUGGCAAUCUCAAAAGCCUUCAAAUUGGUAAUCGUAUCGAGAACCCGAAUGUCCGACCUCUCGGAGACAAAUAUCUCGUGUCAGAGACAGUCGAAGAACUUUCGAUGGCUGGUAUGACGAGUGGGGAGCGACAAGUGCUGGACACUGUGAAAUUAUUCCCUAAUCUCAAAAAGCUCGAUGUUUCGAUGACCAGGAUCACAGGAGUCGCUGUUAAGGACUUUGUCAAUAUGGGCAUCAAAUCGCUGAAGCUUAAUGAGUGCCGCUCUAUCAGUCCUGAUGCGGUUGAAUACGCGCGAGGGAAAGGAGUCCAAGUUGAGUUUAACUUUCCCAGUGAUCGCGCACGGGGCUUCAGAGACAGUAAUCUUUUCUGA